GAGCGACAGUGUGGACAGAAAGAGGAAACGCAGCGCGUCGCAGAGGAAACUCCCACAGUUCUCGACAUUGUUCAUGAGGAGCUGGAUCACAAGAAGGGUGCGUCUGUGGCAGGAAGGCAGGAGGACCGAGGCCGAGGGUCCACGGGAGGCAGACCACACGCGCGUCGGGGAUGUGAACACAUCAGCUCAGCUCAGCGUCGCAGGAACCAUGCUCCUCUUGUGGGUCGUGCUGUGCUCGGCGCUCCCUCACCUGACUCACUCUCGCUGUGUCGUCAAUGAGAGCAGCAGCUGGAACGCAUCUCCGCUGCUGGACCUCCAGUGUGAGAAUGACUACGAGACCUCGGUGAACUGCAGCUGGACGGCAGACGGGAACGCGGCGCUGCAGCUGUGGCUGCAGAGAGGAGAACUGAGGCAGCCGUGUGAGCCGUACCAGCCGGCAGCAGCACGCGGGAGGCUCCACUGCAGAGUAGAAACCAGGACAUGGGCCAUAGGCAUCACACACACCUUCUUCUUCCUCAAACGUGAGGCCAACUGCUCCUCGGCUGCUCCCAGACCUGUGCACCUUCUUCAGCAACUGAGAGCUCGCCCACCCGUGGACCUGUCCUCACACGGUACCGGUGAUGGAGGCAGGCGGAUCAGCUGGUCCUGUCCGUACCCUCCCUCCUCCUCGCUGAGCUCCGGCCUCCGGUACCAGCUCAGCUACAGACCGGCAGACGACGACUGGACCACGGAGAACGUGUCAGGCACCAGCCUCACUCUCGACAGGCAGCGGCUGCUUCCAGGCCACGCGUACGAGGCCAGGGUGAGGAGCCGGGCCCGUUUGGGCCAGUGGAGCCGCUGGAGUCCUGUGGUGACCUGGCGAACUCCACACGAUGCUGGACAGCCUCCUCUUCUCCACUGUGAGCUGGAUGGAGACACGGAGGUGACGUGCAGCUGGGACAUGAGUGGAGACCUGGCCCGGAUCAUGUUCUACGAGCUGACCUGGCGGCAGGACCGGUCUGCAUCGCCCGAGCGGCGCUGCGUGAACCCGACGGUCCGUUCCGACCCCAGGGGGGCGGUGCUGAGGUUCAGCUGCUCACUGACCGCUGCGGAUCCUGCACAUCUGCUGCUGGAGCUCCAACCAAGGCACAGCGCCAAGACCUUCAAUCCCACGAGACACAUUGUCGCCAAACCACCACAGAAGGUGAAGCUGAAGGAGGAAGACUCCAACUGGGUUGUGGAAUGGACCAAACCGCAUACGCCCUUAGACCUGGAUUACGAGGUCUGCUUCUACAGAACUCACCAUCAGGAGCCGCGCACGUGUAGGAGCACGUCAGUGCUUCGCCUGGUGAUCCCAGCAGAGCAACUGGUUCCGUCCCAGGACUACGAGCUGCUGGUCAGGUCGCUGCUUGUCCCUGGAGAAGGUACCAAAUACGAGGGGCGCCCGUCCGAAUGGGUCGGUCCUGAGAAGUGGACCUCGCAUCCAGCCCCCUGGUCCGUCACAUAUGUCAUCUACGUCCUCAUCAGCCUGUUCGUGGCUGCGAUCUUCCUCGUCUUCUACUGCGUCUUCCACCGCGUCCUCCCAGCUUGUCAGAGGAGGGUGGUGCUGUGGGUGGACUCGGUCCCGUCUCCUGGGAAAAGCAAGAUUCUGUCUGAGAUCCAGUCCUCCACCAGUCGGACCCACGUGCAGAGCGAGGACACCUCCAUGUGCAAAGUGCUGCACUUCGAUGCUGACUGUUCCUCACAUGUGUCCCUGUGGCCACUGAAGACGGCAGACGUUCUGGAGCCGGACGAGGGCGUCUGGAACUGCAACAACCUGUGCACCCCGGAGGAGGUCCCCGGCUCCGACACGUCGUCCAUGAGCUUCAGCGGACCGUACAUCUUCUGUCAGACGUCACAGACGGCGCAGAGGGCGUCGGGUGAGAAGAGUGAGGAGGUCACAGAGGACCGGGUCUCCUCGGACCCCCCUUCCCCUGCUCACUUUGCCCUCUUUGGAGACGGCUACGUGUGUCUGCCCAGCCGGGCCGCGUCCCGGUCCACGCAGGACCUCGUGUCCAACCACAACGCCAACAAGCAGGACCAGCGGGGUCCGGACGCAGCGGGCAGAACCGGCGUCCAGCCCGAGCUCGCCGAGGUCGCCAGCAGGGACCAGCCGCCGGCGUACACCCCCACGGCCUUCAGCCCCUGGCCACAAGGGGGCCAGAUGAAGGCCUCGGGCUACUGCUUCCUGCCAACGCCAAAAUAAAAGCCUGAUGCCUUCUACGGACAUGAAAGACUUUUUUCCUAAUUUUUCCUAUAAUCUACGGGCUUGUUCUGACCCGAUGGACGGUAGCAGACAGAAUGUACUGUCAGGCUGAUUCCAGGUCAGGUUAAAGACCAGGGUCGCCUGGUGAUCUCAUACUGUGAAUAUGAGGGGCUCAACAUUUUCAAUGUCUUUCUGACGCCGUCGGACAGGAUGUCUAAACUUUAUUUACCCACGGACGCUCGUAACGCGUCCUGUGCGCGCUGCUCUUCGCUUCCUGUCUCUCAGGGAGAGAAGAGCUGCAUUUAAUGGGAAAUGCACGUUUCACUGCCGUUUCCUCUGCUGUAAUCUACAAUAUGCAUGUUUGCACAUAUGUGUUACUAGAUGUUGCUGAAUGUCUCGUGCGAUGCUGUACAAAAGGCCUGAAAGGACGCGAAGUGAUUAAACACGCGUGGCAACGAG